CCCUCUCCUUGAGACUUUGUUCUCUCUCUCUCUCUCUGCUACUUUCUCCCCUCCCCCCCAUCUUGGUGGGUAGAUCAUCAUCAUCAUCACCAGCGCCGCCACCUUCAUCAAAUACAACCUCCAAGCACCUCAACAAUGGUGGAUCAUCAUACUGUUUGCUGUAUGUGCGGUGAUAUAGGCUUUCCCGACAAGCUUUUCCGCUGCACCAAGUGCCGCCACCGCUUCCAACACUCGUACUGCAGCAACUACUACGGCGAAUCGUCGCAGCAAAUUGGGCUCUGCGAUUGGUGCCAAAGUGAAGAUAGAAGCAGUACUUCUUCAAGGAACGACAGUUCUUCAAGGAAGUUAUUGGUCAAUGACGGCGGCGCCACCGGCAGAUCCGAGUACUCCGGCGACAAAAUCAAGCAGCAGCAUGACCCUGUAGACGCCGCCGAUAAGGGGAAGAAUCCAGCCGGCGCGCCGUCUCCGAGGCCCACUCCCCGGCGGUACAAGCUCCUCAAGGAUGUCAUGUAUUAGAACGAUUUCAUGGUUGAAAAUGUCGAUUUUGUGCAUCUUCCCGUCGAUGGGUUUAAUGUGACUGCUUGUAAACUAAUAGAACUAGCACGUGAUCAUGUAUUAUAUACUAAAUUCUAUAAAUUUCUGCAUUACUUAUUAAUAAUUACGCAAUACAUAAUGAA